CAAAUUUUAGAUACACAGAACACACACAUCAUUCUUUCAUAGUAAAAAUGACAUAUUCGUCAAGAAUAUCUCGAAAAACCAUUGUUAAUCUUUUCUUGAUUGGAUUUGUGACACUCUUGUUUGUGACAAAUGCGAAGCCAACAACAUUUCUUCAAGAUUUUCGUGUGACAUGGUCCGAUUCUCACGUCAAACAACUUAAUGGAGGAAUGGGUAUCCAGUUACUUCUUGACCAAAACUCUGGAUGUGGGUUUGCUUCAAAAAGCAAAUAUUUGUUUGGACGUGUGAGCAUGAAGAUAAAGCUCAUUCCAGGAGACUCUGCUGGCACUGUUACUGCUUUUUACAUGAAUUCAGAUACUGAUAAUGUGCGCGAUGAGCUUGAUUUUGAAUUCUUGGGGAAUCGAACUGGACAACCUUACUCGGUUCAAACAAAUGUGUAUGCACAUGGAAAAGGAGAUAGAGAACAAAGGGUUAACCUAUGGUUUGACCCUGCUGCUGACUUCCACGUUUACUCCAUCCUAUGGAAUCAUCACCAUGUAGUGUUUUCAGUCGAUGAAGUGCCUAUAAGAGUAUACAAAAACAAUGAAGCAAAAGGUGUUCCAUUUCCAAAAUUUCAACCAAUGGGAGUCUUCUCUACAUUAUGGGAAGCAGAUGAUUGGGCAACAAGGGGUGGGCUUGAAAAAAUUGAUUGGAGCAAAGCACCAUUUUAUGCAUACUACAAAGACUUUGAUAUUGAGGGGUGCCCUUCCCCAGGGCCAAGUUCCUGUGCAUCCAACUCGGCCAACUGGUGGGAGGGCACCAGUUACCAGCAACUCGAUGCUCUUGCCGCCCGUCGAUACAAGUGGGUCCGAAUGAAUCAUAUGGUCUAUGACUACUGUACCGACAAACAUCGGUACCCAGUUACCCCACCUGAAUGUAUGGAUGGAAUUUAAAGAAUUAUCAAUAUUACCAUACUCAUAUGCUCCUAAAACGGGGUUAUUGUUCAUAUAAUGGGAAUGUGUUGAUAUAUUAUCCAUGCGAUGGGAUGGGUGUAAGAAAAGAAAACAAUUAUUGUUUUUUCGUGUAUUUCUUGUAUAUGUACUUGUCGCAAAUUGAAUAAGACAAUCCAAUAAUUGUGAAAUGACAUGUUAAAUAUUUAAUA